AAGGGAUUACUUUGUUUGCGUAGUAACUUCCGUCAAAACGUAGAGUGUUUGUAGGUCGUAGAGGGUGUAUUCUGCGUAAUAAUAAAGCAAUUUACGUGUCUAAAUCUUAAAUUUUCGACGAUAUUUCGUUUCAUUAUAGAAGAAUUAUCAUUCUACAGGUGAUUAUAACAAAACUGAAACACUUUCAACAGUUGAUUUUUUGGCCUAACUAUGGCAGGCCGAACUGGAGCACAGAGGCCCAAUGGAGCCACACAGGGAAAAAUUUGUCAGUUUAAACUUGUGUUGUUGGGAGAGUCAGCUGUUGGAAAGUCAAGUUUAGUGUUGCGUUUUGUAAAAGGACAAUUCCAUGAAUACCAAGAAAGCACAAUUGGAGCUGCAUUUUUAACACAGACAGUGUGUCUUGAUGAUACAACAGUGAAAUUUGAGAUCUGGGAUACUGCUGGCCAGGAACGAUACCACAGUCUAGCUCCUAUGUAUUACAGGGGGGCUCAGGCUGCCAUAGUGGUAUACGACAUUACAAAUCAGGACACAUUUGGUAGAGCGAAAAACUGGGUCAAAGAGCUCCAAAGGCAGGCUAGUCCAAACAUUGUGAUUGCUCUGGCUGGGAACAAAUCAGAUUUGGCACAGAAAAGAAUGGUUGAAUAUGAGGAAGCACAAGCUUAUGCAGAGGAAAACAGUUUAUUAUUCAUGGAAACAUCAGCAAAAACAGCCAUGAAUGUCAACGAUAUAUUUUUGGCAAUAGCUAAAAAGUUGCCUAAGAAUGAAGGAGGAGGACCAGCACCCUCACGACCAGGGGGAGUCAAUUUAAACAGCCAACAAACACAGCAAUCAGAGGGAGGUUGUUGCAAGUAACAACAAGUUUGAGGAUUGGUCAGUUAAACUGUGCGAUGGAAAGUUCCAAUCACAGACAAUUCUUAAUGUGAGAAAAUUUUAAAGGAUAAACUGCAGAAACAUAAGAUACAAAUAUUCUGCUUCAUCCGCACAGGAAAUCUUUGGAUUCUGAACAAAGGCGAGGUGUGGAUGUUACUGAGUACUCAAUAAGCUUUGUGUUGUUUCUAAAGAAGAAAUCUUGUUUUGACACUUAAAACUAGAAUAUACACAAAAUCAAGUAGAUCAUUCUCUUUUUAAAAUUAUUUAUAUAUCUCUUAUUUUCCUGAAUGACUUUAAUUGUUGAAAGUUGAGAAGCAUAAUUUUCUUUGUGCAUCAUGUUUUGAUUUUUUUGUUACUGAUGUGAUCUAUUUACUUUCAACAAAUUGAUCGUAAUUUAAAUUAAUUAUUCAAGUAAUAUAUUGGAUCAUUUUUAUUCUUAAUUCAUAAUUGAAACUAGUCUAAAUUAUAACAUACAUUUCAUAUGUAACAAUUUUGCUUGGACAAAUUUUGACAGAAUGCUAUAACAAGGUACCUAUGCUGUUCACGCGCUACUCUGCAGAUUCUGUACAGAACACCAAGUGUUUUUCUUUGCAAAUUUUUGAGAUGUGAAUCCAGUUGUUAUAGUCUUUCAUAGUUGUCAUGUGUUGUAGUACUGCAUGUGAGCUUACCUCGGGGUCUGAAACCUUGACUUCGACCGGGUUCUCUGUUCAGGAGUCUGUAUUACAUGUAUUUCUAUGUAAGCAAGGAAAACAACAUUAUGAAAUUCCCAACCACAUUUUUAUGUUUGCUUCAUUACAGUUACUAUAUAUUGGGUUGUGCAAAUGGACUUGAAUCGAAUGAACUUGUCAUAGAACACCCUAGAAACUGAAACAGAAGAAUGCAGAUGCAUUGUUAAUAUAUAAAUACAUAUGUUUUGAUUUUCAUUUUGUGUGAGUGAUGAAUGUUUAAGGGUGUGACCACUAUCCACUAGUUUCCUUCUCCUUACAUGUCUUAUAAUCAGUCAUCGAUGGUCAUGUACAUAUCCCCAAAAUAAAGAAAUUUUUCAUUGGUUUUUGAAGUAGACAAGAAAGUUUUCAUAGAAAAUUGUACAAUUAGAUAUCUUGAGGUUAUCAUGUUGCAGCUUGAAAGGAGCAUCUUUACAGGUGUACCUUAUAAUUUUUCUAAUUACAACAAACUUUUCAGGUUGAACUACUGCUGAAUUGUCAGAUCAACAGAGAUUUGGAGUUUGUAAUAUAGUAAUUUAUUCAGAUAGAUUUGUGAAGUAUAUUGACAAACUGCAGUAGUUGUACACAUUGUAAAAUGAUGAAAAAAAGCAGUGCAGCUUAAACAUGAGUGAAGGAAAAUGUUCAGGAGUUUGGUAAAUAUAUAUUUAAAAAAAAAACCUGGUAAUUAAUACCAUAGAUUUUUGUCUUUAGAUUGCUUCUAUGUUACUAUAAGACCUAUCUCUAGAUGAUAAAUUAUGUUUGCAUUUAUGGUCAUACCGGUCCUAUUUGAGUGGAUCAAUUGCUUUGGCCUCCGAACACCCGGGGCGAUUUGUUGGGGUCUUUCUGUGCAAUGUGAGGAGUAGAAGAAAGAGAGGACGACUAGGGACAACCUCUGUGUAUUUCAUGUUGGUGUACAGGUUGGACAUAUUAAUCUAAAUCACCAUUCAGUUUGCUGACAAAAUGCAGCAUACUCCAUCAUUUCUGUGUUGCAAGAAUACACGCUAUCAUGCCAUAAUAAUGUAAUCUAUAGUUCUACAACUCUACAAAGGAAUGAUCGAGUAUCGCGGUGUCCUACAUCUGACUGUUACAGACACCCAGCAAGCUUCAGUGUUCGCUGUGGACCUCAAUAAGACUGUCUUGGUAGCUUCUCUGAUUUGCUGUGUACAUGUAUUUUGUAGGUAAACUGAAUGUAUUAUCUGUGUAUAGUGUACAGCUCUGUACUCCAUUUAUUAUUAUACAGAAUGUAUAAGAUUAUAUUGUACAUUUUACACGUGACAAAUAAAGCGAAGCCUAGGGGCUCCUUUAUAUAAACACAU